AUGGCGACGAUAAGACAAGCUUCUCCAAAUUUGAGUACCACGGCGAGCUCGGGCUUGAUUCGUACAUCAAAAACAUGGGUCCUACCACCUAGGACAAGGCCUGGAAGACGUCCUAGGAAGUCUUGGCAACAGGAAGAUGACGAUGAAGUUACUGACGAGAUGACGGCUGAAUCUAGCAAAAAAGCCAGGAACAGAGAUGCUCAAAGGGCAUUCCGAGAACGUCAGUCGAAACAGGUGGUCGAAUUGCAACAGGACGUGGCAAAAUGGAGAGAAAAAUGCGCUUUUUACAAGCAGGAACUGGAGAAAUACGCACAGCAGGUCAAACGGCUAGAAAAAGAGAACCAGGAGUUAACAGCAACUAUUUGCAAGCGUGAGUCUUCUGGAAAAAGUGUUACUGGCGGGGACCAGAUCGAGAGACCGCUUGUGGGGCAGGUGGAUAAAUGCGAUUUGUGCACCCAGGACCUGUGCAUAUGUCGCGAUACAGAGCUUGACGCCAUAAUUGCCGCUUUAAAACCAUCUUUGCGGGACAAAAUUGACAGUUUCAAGCCUAUGGAAGCAGUAGCUCUUCCGCAGUCAUUGCAGCAGACAUCAGGGAGGCAGAAACGCAGAAAGCACCCGAAAAAUAGUGAAACGAAAAAGAAGCCAAAAAGCGCCAAAGAGGUCAAAAUCUCAAGCUCUGCUGACUGGGAAAUCAACGUCGAAGGUCUGCAAGUAACUUCUCAGGACAAUGGAAAUGAUGGUAUGACAGGAGAUGCAGCGGUGAUAAGUGAUACUUUAGCGUUCCAGGUGGUGGACAACGAAGGGUGCGGCUUCUGUUCGGAAUCAUCUGCAUGUUUGUGCAAGGAUGAUAUGGUACCGCAAGCUGAUCAAAACGGCAGCACAUGUGCGUCAACUCAUAAACGUCUAUUAAAACCUGCUGGUAUGUAA